AUGUAUGAUUUGUAACCCAAUGUUUUGAUGCCUCUAAUUACCUUUCUUAGUAUCCAUGCAAAGCAUUUGAGGAAUGGUUCUUCCUUAUUUCUCAAUCGCAUGCUUCAGAAUUUUUUUACAGGCUUACAGUCUCCUGUAACAAACCAAAAUGGGUUUCAUGCAUUUUUUCAAUGGAGAAGAAGAUUGUAUCGCGUCUUGAAGGGGUUUCUUGUAUCAAAGAAAUGGAUCAGGUUCAUGCUCUAAUUACAAAGACCGGGCUCAAAGAACGCAGACUAUGUCGCUUGUAGAAUGGUAAGCUUUUGUGUUGUCUCUGUUUCAGGAAACCUAAACUAUGCACUCCCGGUCUUUGAGGAGCUAGCAAAACCUGUGCCAUUUGUAUGUAAUAACAUGAUCAGAGUUUACGUCAAUAGCAUCUUUCCAAACGAAGCCAUUCUUCUCUAUAACAUAAUGCGCUCUGAAAAUGUUAAGGCCGACAGCUUUACUUUCCCUUUCGUGCUCAAGGCUUGUGCUAGGGUGUCGAGGGGCAUCGAAGAAGGGCAUAAGCUUGCUCAUCUCCAUAAAGGGGUAGAAGCUCACUGCACAAUUAUACAAACUGGUCUAGAAUUGGAUCCAUUUGUUCAGAAUUCCCUUAUUUUCAUGAAUUCAAGAUCCGGUAGCAUCAAGGCUGCUCGAUUGCUAUUUAACAAAAUGACUGAGAAAAACAUAGUCUCUUGGAAUACCAUGGUCAUGGCAUACCAUAGGCAAAAAAAUAUUGAAUCAGCGAAUGGGUUGCUCAAAGAGAUGCCAAUACGAAAACACCAUGAUCACAACACAUGUCCACUCUGGCGAUAUCAAGAGUGCUCAAAUGGUGUUUGAAAAAUGCCUGAAAGAGAUGCGGCUUCUUGGAAUGCCAUUAUAGCUGGCUAUGUCAAGAAGAAAUUUUACAGUUGGGCCUUGGAAGUCUUUGAUAAAAUACAGGGUGCUAAUGUGAGUCCAACUGAGAUUACAUUGAUCACACUUGUUGGAGCUUGUGCUGAACUUGGAGCCAUGGAGAUGGGUCAAAAAUUACACGAAUACAUUGAGAAAAAUGUGGGUUUUGAGGCUGAGGGCAUCAGGGGCAAUGCUCUGAUAGAUAUGUAUGCAAAAUGUGCAGCAAGUUUAGUGUUUGAGAGGAUGAGAAUGAAGCGUGUGACUUCAUGGAAUGCAAUGAUUGUGGGUAUUGCAGUUCAUGGGCAUUGCAAAGAGGCAAUCGAAUUGUUUUCGAGGAUGCAGUCGAGCGGAACCAAACCUGACAGUGUGACCUUCUUGGGUGUUUUAACGGCUCGCAGUUACAGUGGGCUUGUUGAUGAGGGUUGCGAAUAUUUUCAUAAUAUGAUUGAGAAGUAUAAGAUAGAGCCUGGGAUCAAGCACUAUGGUUUCAUGGGCCUCUUAGAAGAGGCCCCUGAUGUUAUUAAUAGAAUGCCAUUCGAUGCCAAUACUAUUAGAUGGAGGACUUUGUUGGGUGCAUCUAGGACUCGUGAGAAUGUGGAAUUGGCAGAGGUCCUUGUGGAAAAUUUGGGUAGAUUGGAGCCUCUAAAGCAUGGGGAUUAUGUUCUAUUGUCCAAUAUAUAUGUAGAGGCUUACAGGUGGGAUGAUGUUGAGAGGGUGAGACAAAUGAUGGUUGAGAUGGGGGUUCUAAAGCCUCCUGGGUUCAGUCAGAUUGAGAUGAAUGGCUGAUUGAAAAGCCAAAAG